AUGCCUAAAGACCUUCUUAGGCAACUGGCUCUGGAAAUUAUUAGUUGCAUUCCUAAAGAUGCAGUGCAAGUCUAUAUUGCCGGUAGUCGUACAGAAGGUCGUACUGGCAGCGGUAUCUUUAUUGAGACCCCUCACUUUAAAGCUACAAUAAAGCAACGCAACCCUGACACUUGCUCUGUCCUCAAGAGCCAGUUAAUUGCGAUUAAUGUGGGACUUGAUGCCAUCUUGGCUUAUGAUUGUGAUUUUGGGGAGCUAUGGAUUUUAUCGGACAGCCGCAAUGCGCUACAACGUCUUGGUGGCUGGUCUUCCGCAUGCGAUGAAACCAGCAUAUCUAUUCUGCUCAAACUGAGGAAGAUCUCUCAGAUCCACGACGUCCACCUCAAGUGGAUCCCAUCACAUGUUAAUAUUAGUGGUAAUGAAGUCGCUGAUAGACUGGCGAAAGAGGAUAGUGAAAAUGAAAUGGUAACUGGCUCCUCACUUAUUUACCAAGAACUUUACUGGGUUGCAUAA